CUCUCUGCCUCAGUGGAUCCAAACAACUGUGCCAUAAAACACUCGUCCAUCACGAGUGACACGAUUUAUCAAAAGCCGUGCGCGUCAGAUGGCUGUGGUAAACAGUGCCCUCCUUCCUGCAUCUCAUUAGAUCCCGCUGUAGCCCAGCUAUAGGUGAAGCAGCCUCUCUCUGCCAUACUGAAGCAGGUGUCCAACAUGGCGAACACUGGCAGCGGCUCUCUCGCGACUAUUCUCUUUUUAUUCCUGUUUCCAGCGGCUCUACACAAAGGAGCUGCUCAGGACAUAGUUGUGAGUCAGAACCUGGUGACAGACAACGUGUCCGUGGUGGAGGGGGAGAUGGCCAUCAUCAGCUGUCGGGUGAAGAACAACGACGACUCCGUUAUCCAGCUGCUCAACCCCUACAGACAGACCAUCUUCUUCAGAGACAUGAGGCCUCUGAAAGACGCUCGCUUCCAGCUGGUCAACUUCUCAGACAACGAGCUGCGGGUGUCGCUGUCCAACGUCUCGCUGUCAGACGAGGGUCGAUAUGUUUGCCAGCUGUACACCGACCCCCCGCAGGAAGCCUACGCCGACAUCACCGUGCUCAUUCCUCCAGGUAACCCCAUCAUCGAGGCCCGCGAUGAGGUCCUGAGCGAGGGCAACGAGACAGAGAUGACCUGCACCGCCAUGAGCAGCAAGCCGGCCGCCGCCAUCAGAUGGAUGAAGGGAGAUAAAGAGCUCCCAGGAAAGCCCAAAGUUGAACUGACCUACGAUAAGAUGUACACGGUGACCAGCCGGCUGACGUUCACCGUCAGCAGGGAGGACGACGGCAUUCCUGUGGUCUGCAUCGUGGACCACCCUGCCGUCAAGGACUUCCAGGCGCAGAGAUACCUGGAGGUGCAGUACAAACCGGAGGUGAAGAUCGUGGUAGAAUUUCCUCAGGGUUUGACCAGGGAAGGAGAGAACCUGGAACUGACGUGUCAAGCCAAAGGCAAACCCCAGCCACAGCGGGUGAACUGGCUGAUGGAUGACGAUGUUCCAUCUCACGCCGUCAUCACCGGCGGAGACCUUUACAUCGAAAACCUAAACAAGUCCUACAAUGGAACCUACCGUUGUGUGGCGUCCAACUCAGUGGGCGAGUCUUUUGACGACUACAUCCUCUACGUCUAUGAUGCUCGCACCACUACCCCUAUACCCACCACAGCCACCACCACCUCCACCACCAUCACCACCACCAUCUCCUCCCCCGAAGACGCUCCAGACACUGCGCCCAGCACUGAACCUGCAGCUCAUGAUUCUCGAGCUGGAGAAGGAGCUCCCAGAACGGUGGACCAUGCAGUCAUCGGAGGAGUGGUGGCCGUCGUGGUGUUCGCCAUGCUCUGUCUACUCAUCGUCUUGGGACGCUACUUUGCGAGACACAAAGGUACCUACUUCACACAUGAAGCCAAAGGAGCAGACGAUGCAGCGGAUGCAGAUACAGCCAUCAUCAACGCAGAGGGCGGCCACACCAACUCGGACGAAAAGAAGGAGUACUACAUCUAAUCAAACAGGACCCCUCACUCUAGUUGUCCUCCUUUGGACGCUGAGCCGUUUUUCCGGGGACGGGGGGCAGGAAGACGAGGUGGAGGUUGAUGGAGGGUUUAGUGAGAGUAGAGGGGUCAAGGAGAGAGACGUGGGUUUUAAAGGAAGGCCUGGUUUUAAGCCGUUGUUUAGUCUAGUCUGCAGAUGUAGAUGGAAUGUUUUGUGUGUUUAAAAAAAAAAAUCAAAAUCAAAAAAGGACAAAAAAUGUUGGGGGUCCGGGGUUUUCGGUCACGGGGGUCGGGUCGGGGGUGGGAGGGUGCCAGAAAUCACUGUAGAGAGCUUCACCAUUCGACACCUCCCUAACUGCUGGUACGAAUUUUAUUUAGUUCAACCAUUUGCAGAAAAUUCUGUGCCUUGUUCUAAAUCUUUUGGUUCUGUCCAUACUUUGCAUUUGUGUUGAUCAUCGUUUGCAUAACCUCGUUGCUCCCGUCUCAUCUUCCCACUCGUAAUUAUCGAUGUGCUGUUGGCUUUUGUAUGAGGGUGAAACUACACAGCCACUUUAUCCGUUUUCUCUAAAUGUGUCGGCACACAUGCAUCCUCUCCCACGUAACAGAAAUUCUAUCCAAGUAUACUGUGAUUUGUCUCAAGCCAUUACUUCCUUCUCUUUUCCCUCAACUUUUGACAGCUCCAACAAUGCAUGGGAUGCUUUUCAUAUCAUUGUACAAUGGACAUAAAGGAGAGACAGGUUGGUUGUACUGGACCCCGACCUCCACACAUAAUCAAAAAGAAGGCAGCAAAGGAUAAUGGAUCUUUACAUUCUGUCAGGCAAAUUCCAUUUUAAGUCCAUUUCAGAGCCUCAGUUUGUUGUUCAGAGCAGCUCUGCCACUCUGCUACUGUUACCUUUCUCAGUAAAGAGAAGGAGUGCGUUAUUUUCCCCAGCAUGCUGCCAUUUCAUUAUUUUGAUUUCUUCCUCUGUUCGCUUUUAUUUUUCUUCUAUUAGGCUGAGUGGAGAGCCUGUUUUCCCACCGGCUUUUAUUGAGUUGUAAUGAUGAGUUUCAAUUGAUUUCCAUCUGCUUUCACCCCACAAUAUUUUUUUUCUUACAAAUGGGAAAGUAAGAAAAUGUAAAUUGUCUUAAAACAGUUUUUUGGCACAUUCUGUAGUAUUAAAAAAAGGCUUGGGGGGGGGGUGAGAGAAAAAAUAUUUGGUGUUAAUAUUGGCCAGUCAGCAGCCAAAGGAUGCUGGUGUAGUGUACAUAACUUUACCAAGAGGAGAAAACAGCCUUAACCAAACUCCAAGCAUUCAAAUUUAAGUUAGGAGCACAUGAAACGGCGGUGCAGGUCCUCAUCACAGACACACUAUCCAAUGGAAUCACAGCUGUAUUGUACACUAAUCCUUACUAAGAAAUAUUUUUUACAACUUACUAGAAUUACAAUGGAGUACCUUUGUGGAUUUUAUUGUAUCACGCUCAUUGUGAGUUUCGUCAAACUGUAAAUCAAAGGAAACGUCUUCUAACUGAAAUGCUCUGAGAGACAGGCCUCCAUCACACAAUCUGAAUAUUUAUGGUUUCGCUUGGAUGCAGCAGCAGCAGCGUUUCAGCGCUUAAAUGUUCGAUAUCGUUUGCAUGUACGUGCGUGCCGAAGCCCAUUCUUUUUGCUUCUCUAUCUUGCUUUCUGCAUCACCUGCCAAAACUGAACUGGAGUCUGUUUUGCUGUGCCAGCUGGGGAGCACUGAGGAUGCCAAAAGUAAUUAAUUGUCUGUAACAUAACUUAAUACACGUGUUGUUGCUCCGUGGUGUUUAUCCAUGGUCUGCAUUAAUGCCCUGGCUUCUUAACAUGGCGGUGUGGGUCUACUGGCGGCAGUGUUUUUUCAUUAUUAUGUGUUCACACAGCAAGCAGCUCGCUUAAUGAGUCCUCUCUCUAUGUGACAGCUGUGAGGUCGCAGUUUUUCACCUCCAAAGUUUGAAACAGUGAAAGUGUGAACAUUUCAUCAGUGCAGCUGAUAAACAUAUCAACUCAACCAUUCCUCGGGUGUUAUUGGAAGAAGAACGUAUCCCUGAGGUUUUUCGAUUGAAAAUUAAAACACCGGAAUCAAUAAGGCAAACUGAAACAGAAGUGGCAGUUAUUUCUAAAGUUUGUCCAUCAUCUGCACAGUUAAAUGUAAAAGCAGAAGUAUAAUUUCUUUAGUUUAAUAUGCCACACAAAGCUUCCCAGUUUUGUUUUGAACAUUUAUUCUAAAUUAAGAUCAGAAAAACUAACUUUAUGCAAAUGAGAAUUCUUUGAGUAUUAAUCAUCUCAUAUCAAUGUAAUUAUGUAUGAGUUAUUAUUAUUAAUAGUUUAUUAUUGAGUUAAUUGCUUACACAUGAGCAGACAAGGUGUCAAACUUUACAGGACAUGAAAGAGCGGUGUAGCUACCUGAAUCAGUCGAACCGUUCACUACAAUGUCAUAAAACGAUAGUUCACCAUUUCCACUGUUCCCAUUAACUGUCAGUGUAAGGAACUGUGCGCUUCAUUCUGGUAGCUCCACACUGGGUUUCUCAAGACACACGUGUUCCUCAUUUGCAUAAAGUUGAGGUCCAGACUACUUCAAGCAAAAUCGACAAUCCUGGAAACUCCAAAAACAGGUUUAAAUGAACUGUUGUUGAGUAAAACUAAAACAGAUGCACCUCAGAAACACAUUUUUGUGAUUUUUUUUUUUUUUUUUGUAAGGAUUUUUAUGUUGGUCCUUUUUGAAAUCCAGCAGCAGACAAGUGAAAGCGUUGGUCCAAUCAGAUGCAGCCGGUGUUUCCAUGGCUCCAUGAAGGUUUCCUGUUUCAGGGAUGGAAAGCACAUAUCAACCAUCCUAAUAAAAGAUUAUCUUAUCUGCCACCGCUCAGUCAUAGGAACGUUAAGCGUCCAGUAAUGAUACUUGUCCACUGGGACGUUUUCGGACAACACUUGAUCGGCACAACAGAUGUCCUCUCCUGCUAUAGCGGUGAUGAAAGAUUUCUCUAAAUCACCAUGACGCAUAUCAGCAUGGGUCAGAUCCACUGUUUACGCUGACAGAACCUGAACACUACUUCCAUCACCCUAUUUGAGAUUCUUUUGGACAGCGUUGCUUGCUGUGUGCACACACUCAGCUGCCAUUCUCUACUUCAUUGCCAUGUUAAAGCAUUUGAUUAGAUUCUGUCAACUCCGAUUGCAACACAUUACCAAUGUGAGAGCUUUAUUACGUCAUGGUCAUGCAUGGAGACAGCAUUUGGUCUUUCCACACUGAGAGUUUGGGGUUUAAGGUUGUCGAAAGGCGUUAGCCAAGGUACUUGUAAAAUGCAUUGUGCAAAUUUCCCUUUCUUGAGCUUAGUGCAUCUGUGCUUUUUAAAUGUUUGUUUUUUUUAUUUGCAUUUUUCGAACACAGCAUGUGGGCCGGGUGGAGCGGUGGCUUUGUUUUUUAGCUUUUCAUUGGGUAUGGCAGUUGUAGAUGGGAGUUACAAGGAGGGAUGUUGCAGACGAAGAUGGAAGAUGCUGUGUCCACCUCUCUCCAUCUGUACCUUUUGUUCAAAGUUGAGUUUAAAAAGUUCACAAAGGAAUCACCACUGAGUUACCACUGUAUGCUGAUGACACUGUUUUGUGUGUGUUGAAUGGAUGGGUGGGGGUGGGCUGGGGUACUGAUUAGGCUAGAUGUUUCACGGUCUGGUGUCUGAUACAAACUAUUAACCGACUUGUUAUCGUUGCUUUAUGAAUCACAGAGCAGAUGUCACUUCAUCUGUAAGACUGAGAUUGUGUGAUUUGUAUUUUACAGUGAGCACUAUUUCGCUUCAGUGACAUGUGGCAGCUUCCAUUUAAAUCAGACUUCAAAGUAUGUACUUGCCAAUAAAGGAAUAGAACUGAAUAUUGUCUUCUCCCUUAAGGCUGUUACAUUAAUAUUUUAUUUGUGAAUAUGAAACCUUCCGUGGACCGCAAUGCCAGGAGUGUUUUAUUUCCUGUGAGAGUUUUUGGUCCCCCACAGCUCCAAUAGGAAGAGCAGCAAGAACAAAACAACAUAGAAAAUGAGUUUGAGUAUCUUUAAUUUUUUUCAAAAUUUGGAGUAGGUUAUCGUAUGUGUCUUUUAUUUUAAAAUCAAUCCCCAGUGACCUUUUAAGACACGGACCAUGGUUUUCCAGUGUAACCAAGGUAGUUUUCUCCACAUUCAAUUCUUUUGAUAACGUCCUGUCUCAGGUUCAUGCGUUGCUGACCGAUGUGACUGCAUCUCAGGUAGAAUGCAAAGUUUAGGCCCCACCUAUCAACAACAUAAAAGCAAGUACAAUGCAGUCAUUCAAACCAAGUGCGACACAUUAUUUUAGGUCCAAGAAGCAAAAUUGGUGAGAUAUUUUGAAUAUAUGUUGUACAUGUUUUAUGUAUUUUUCUUAAUAUUUGGUGCACUGUAAAAGAUGUGUUAAGUAUUGCUUUGUGUUGACAUAGGUCAUAAAGAGUACAAUGUUUAUUGGAAUGAAGCAGGAUCAGAAACCUGUCGUGGCUGUACCACUGUCACUUUCAAUGCACCACCGCCUUUUGAAACUCGUUUGAUUCCCAAAAAGUUUUGAUUGUUUCACCAGUCAUUGUUUUCAGAUUGAUUCUGUUUGUCUCUCUGCUGUACUUGGGAAAUGUUAAUGUGUAUUAAUGGAGAAAAGGAGUUCCACAUUCCCAUACACAUUUUGUAUUGGUUCAUAAAUAGACAUUUUUACAAAACAAUGAAGAGUUCUUGUCUUAAUAAAAGAGAAAAGAUAUUAAUGUCCAAAAUAA